AUGUCUGUAUUGAGAGAAUUAGAUAUAGAACAAGUUAAACAAGAAAACCCAUUUGCAAAACUUGUAAACAACCAAACUAUUGUAGAAGUUUCUGAAUUAAAAUUAGAAUCUGGCAUUACAAUUCAUAAUUUCCCUAUAGCUUAUAAGACAUGGGGGAAAUUAAAUUCUACGAAGGAUAAUGUAUUAAUAGUCUGUCAUGCCUUGACUGGUUCUGCAGAUGUAGCCGAUUGGUGGGGGCCUCUAUUGGGUUCAAAUUUAGCCUUUGAUCCAUCUAGGUUUUUUGUCAUUUGUUUGAAUUCAAUGGGAUCUCCAUAUGGUUCAUUUUCUCCAUUAACAAUAAAUGCUCAAACUGGGUUACCUUGGGGUCCAGAAUUCCCAUUAUGUACUGUCAGAGAUGAUACUAGAGCCCAUAGAAUUGUUUUGGAUUAUUUGGGUGUGACUUCUGUUGCCGCAGUUAUAGGUGGUUCUAUGGGUGGUAUGCUUGCUUUAGAAUGGGCAACCACUUUUGGCAAAGAUUAUAUCCAUAAUUUAGUAGCUUUGGCUACUUCUGCAAGACAUUCAGCUUGGUGUAUUUCAUGGUCUGAAGCUCAAAGACAAUCAAUUUAUUCAGAUCCUAAAUAUUGUGAUGGUUAUUACGAAUUAGAUGAUCCACCUGUAGCUGGUCUUUCUGCUGCAAGAAUGGCUGCUCUACUAACUUAUCGUAGUAGAAAUAGUUUUGAAAAAAAGUUUUCAAGAAAUACUCCAUCAUUAGCUCAAAGAAAAAAGUCAGGUGCAUCUAUAAAUUUAACAAACCAAUCACGCCAAGAUUCUAUCAGAACUUCGUUAACUGAAGUAGAUAUCAAUAUUAAAUCUUUAAAGAUCCAUAAUGAUGGGAUAGCUCAUCCUCAUUCUCCACCUAACAAUUCAUUUUCAAGAAAUAAUUCUACAUCUUCCUCUUCAGAUUCUUUAAAAUCUGUAUCUUCUCAUACUUCAAUCACUUCAGCUACUGCCACAAUAAAUGAGUCCAAAGAUGUAAGAUUCCCAAAGACUUAUUUCUCAGCUCAAAGUUAUUUACGUUAUCAAGGUGGCAAAUUCAUUAAUAGAUUUGAUGCUAAUUGUUAUAUUGCCAUUACAAGAAAACUAGAUACCCAUGAUUUAUCAAGAGAUAGAUUUACUUAUUCUUUAAAUAGUGAUAGUGAAAGUGAAAGCGAACAAGAUGAUGAGAAUAUCGUUAAAGUUUUACAAUCAAUCGAACAGCCUUCAUUAAUCAUCGGUAUUAGUUCAGAUGGACUUUUCACUUAUUCAGAACAGGAAUUCUUAGCUCAACAUAUUCCAAACGCUAAAUUGAAUGAAAUUGUUUCUCCAGAAGGCCAUGAUGCUUUCCUGUUAGAAUUUAAGUUGAUUAAUGGGUUAAUUGUUGAUUUCUUACAUGAGAAUGCAAAGGAGAUAACAAAUUCAAAACCUAUUCAAUGGAAUGGUGAAACUGGUAACGAUGAAAAUCAAACAAGUGUCUUUGGUGAGGCUGAAGAAGUUACUAAUUGGUAA